ACUUUAAGGUAUCACUUCCGCUUAUUUUCCUUAGUAACCCACAUGGAAACACAUUUUCCUGUGUUUUGAGUUUAGGCGCCGAUUGCAGCGGUAUUUACAGUAGACAUUUUAUGUGUAUUUAACGCGUCUCGCAGUCUUUACGCAACACAUUUGCACAAAUAAGACAACUAUGAAAAUCGAGGAGGUAAAAAGCACAACAAAAACGCAGAGGAUCGCUUCUCACAGUCACGUCAAAGGACUUGGGCUAGACGAGGCCGGCAAUGCUAAACAGACAGCAUGUGGACUUGUGGGCCAGGAGACUGCAAGAGAGGCUUGUGGCAUCAUUGUAGAGCUGAUCCGCUCAAAAAAGAUGGCAGGGAGGGCCGUUUUAUUGGCAGGGCCACCAGGAACAGGAAAGACUGCCCUUGCCUUGGCUAUGGCACAGGAGCUGGGAAAUAAAGUGCCAUUUUGCCCCAUGGUCGGCAGUGAGGUCUACUCAUCUGAAAUCAAGAAGACAGAAGUAUUGAUGGAGAAUUUCAGGAGGGCAAUUGGACUGCGCAUCAAAGAAACAAAAGAGGUAUAUGAAGGGGAGGUGACCGAACUGACCCCCUGUGAGACCGAGAAUCCCAUGGGUGGCUACGGCAAAACCAUCAGCCACGUCAUCAUCGGUCUGAAGACCGCCAAAGGCACAAAACAGCUCAAGCUGGAUCCCAGUAUUUACGAGAGUCUUCAGAAAGAGCGUGUGGAAGUGGGAGACGUCAUCUACAUUGAAGCUAACAGUGGAGCUGUGAAGAGACAAGGUCGCUGUGACACCUUUGCAACAGAGUUUGACCUGGAGGCAGAGGAGUAUGUUCCACUGCCCAAAGGCGACGUCCACAAAAAGAAGGAGAUAGUCCAAGAUGUGACACUCCAUGACCUGGAUGUUGCCAAUGCUCGCCCCCAGGGAGGCCAGGAUAUUCUUUCCAUGAUGGGACAACUGAUGAAGCCCAAAAAGACGGAAAUCACAGAUAAGUUGCGUGCCGAGAUCAACAAGGUGGUGAACCGCUAUAUAGACCAAGGUAUAGCUGAGCUCGUACCCGGUGUGCUGUUCGUCGAUGAGGUCCACAUGCUGGACAUCGAAUGUUUUACAUACCUCCAUCGAGCACUGGAAAGCAGCAUCGCCCCCAUUGUUGUGUUCGCCUCUAACAGGGGCAACUGUUUAAUCAGGGGGACAGAGGACAUCAGUUCUCCACACGGCAUUCCUCUGGACUUGCUGGACAGAGUCAUGAUAAUUCGUACCAUGUUGUACACACCACAGGAGAUGAAGCAGAUCAUCAAGAUUCGAGCUCAGACUGAGGGAAUCAGCAUCAGUGAGGAAGCUCUUACACACCUGGCAGAGAUUGGCACCAAGACCACCCUCAGAUACUCCGUACAGCUGCUGACGCCGGCCAGUCUGUUGGGCCGUGUUCAGGGAAAAGAGACCGUGGAGAGGGAGCAGGUAGAGGAGAUCAAUGAGCUGUUCUACGAUGCCAAGUCUUCAGCGAAAAUCCUCCAAGAUCAGGAUCACAAGUUCAUGAAAUAAGUUGAUGGGUUCUUUUUGUGUGUUUGUUUGUUUUGGGGUUUUUUUGUUGUUGUUUUGUUUUUUGUUUUGUUUUGUUUUUUUUGGGGGGGGCAUACAUACCAGCCCACUGAUUCACUGUAUUUUUCCAUUCUAGUUCUAUGCUUCUGUUCUCAUUUAUCAUUCUAGUUUCCCUGCCUCAUUUUCUGCAGUAGUUUUGUUCAAAUUUUUAUCUGUUCCAUUUAUUGAUGGGAAAUUUUGAAAUAAAAAGAAAAAUACAAA